ACGGAGGGUGUUUUGUCCCUGUAAGCACUUUGGGAAAUGUAUAAAAGCUGUCGCGACUCGGAGCCUCUCCAUCCACAUCUCCCGAGUUAUUCGCCUUGGUGAACAGGCCUCCCAGCACAGAAGAAUGUCCUGCUCCAGCGAGUCCUGUGGGGUGAGCUGCCCUCAGCCCAUCGCCGAGAGCGUCAACGAGCCCUGUGUGCAGCAGUGCCCCGACUCCAGAGCCCUGAUCCAGCCCCCACCGGUGGUGGUGACCAUCCCAGGCCCCAUCCUCAGCACCUUCCCUCAGGAGAGCGUUGUGGCAUCGUCAGGCCCAGCCUGGUUGGGGCGUUCCUUCAGUUCCCGGAGCUCCCAGGGCUACGGGAGCUCCUUUGGGCUGGGAGGUUAUGGGGGUUACAGGGGCUCCCUGGGCUAUGGGGGCUCCCGGGGCUAUGGGGGCUCCUUUGGCUCUGGAGGUUAUGGAGGUUCCCUGGGCUAUGGGGGCUCCUCAGGCUACGGGGGCUCCCAGGGCUAUGAGGGCUCCCAGGGCUAUGGGGGCUCCCUUGGAUAUGGGGGCUCCCGGGGCUAUGGGGGCUCCUUUGGCCUGGGAAGCUGUGGGGGCUAUGGGGGCUCCCAGGGCUAUGGGGACUCCCUUGGAUAUGGGGGCUCCCUUGGCUACGGCCGUUCCCUGGGUUAUGGAGGUGACAUUGGCUAUGGGGGCUCCCUCGGGGGCUAUGGGGGCUCCUUUGGCAAUGGCGGGAGGUCCUACAGCUCCGGCUUCUCCUCCCGGGGCCUGGGCUAUUCCCUGCCCGGCUUCCAGAGAUGGGGCAGGUCCCGCCGCGGGAGCUGUGGGGUUUUCUAAAGCGCCCCUGGCAGUGCCAGCCCCCAGGGGCAGUGGCAGCCCUGGAGCCCAGCCCGGGCCAUGGGGACACCGGGCAGGAGCUCCUGUGCCAGGUGUGCCCUGAGCCCUCCAUUCCCUCGGGAAUGCCCUGAGCUCCCCAUCCCCUCGGGAUACCCUGAGCCCUCCAUUCCCUCGGGAAUGCCCUGAGCUCCCCAUCCCCUCGGGAUACCCUGAGCCCUCCAUUCCC